AUGUACCAUCAGCCAGGUCCCCAAGCGCAGUUGAUCGCAGGCCACCAACCUCAGUACCGGCACCCGCUGGGUUCACAUAUCCUUCAUCCACUCGCUUCCCACCAGCAGUAUCCCCCUCCUCAACCAGCCCAGGUCCAAUAUCUUCAUCGCGGCCUUGCCUCAAAUAUGCCGGCAAACGGCCAUAUCCCACAAUUUAUGGACAUGAUACCUGGAAAUGGGAAUACUCUUCAUUCCAGUCUCGCCGCAAAUUUCCCGGCUAGCGUUCCAAACCUACGCCCCUCAGUCUUGGGGCAAGUAACCCCCGUUCCACCGCCCGCGACUGCCCCGGCAGCCCUUGAAUCGGCGCCCGUUAUCUCUGCCGCCCGGGCUCCUAACCAGUACUUGAAGGUGCACGCCAAACGCAAGGCCAACCGCACCGCGGAGGAAGUUAGUCGGGCGGAAGAUGCAGCCGCCGUAACCCUUGCCCAGAAGAUCAAGCAAACGGUCGUCAAGUCGGCCACUGCUGUGAAAAAAGCCGCGCUGAAGCAGGCUCGGGGGGAGUUCCAAGAAGCCCAGUCAGUCGCAAAAAAACCGUGGCACAUGUGGUCGGACGCUUUGUCCCUUGAGCUCCUACACCUUUACAAGACCAUCAAAGAUGAGCAUACCAAACUCAACAAUAAAGUGGCGGGUUUUAUGAAAUUUGUCAAAUAUUUUGCGAGUCGAGAAUCCGAGAAGCAGCAUUUCCCGCUCCUUGCAUCUCUAACUCUGGAUCAGAUGACCUCUUGUUACAAGGCCAUCAUGGUAAUUUACCGGAAAGUCAAAGAUAUCAUUGAUUGUUUGGGCAGCAGCGGACCUGGACCCAACGAGCGUCGCUCAAGAAGUGCCCCCUCAAAUACCUGA